AUGACUUCUCAUCCUGGUAUGCCAAGGAAUUUGUCCUCCACCAAAGUGGCUCUCACUUUGGCUGGUGAAGAUCUGGACGAGAGUCAGAUCCUCCCUAUGGACGGAGGUAAAUCUGCCAGAGAAGAAGGUCGCUUUGUAUUCGAAACCGCCUGGGAGGUGGCUAACAAGGUUGGAGGCAUUUACACUGUAUUAAGAUCAAAAGCUCAAGUCAGUACUGAAGAAUUAGGAGAUCAAUAUUGUAUGUUUGGCCCAAUGAAAGAUGAUCGAUGGAGAUUAGAAGUUGAACAAAUUGAACCCGAAAAUAGAACGAUUCGUCAAGCGAUGAAGCUUUUCCAUCGCGAUGGAUUCCAUUGUACCUAUGGUAGAUGGCUUAUUGAAGGAUACCCUAAAGUCAUUCUGUUCGACUUGGGCUCAGGAGCUUCAAAGAUGAAUGAGUGGAAGCAGGAGCUGUUCGAGAAAUGCAAAGUUGGAAUUCCAUAUGAAGAUAUGGAGUCGAACGAUGCCGUUAUUCUUGGAUUCAUGGUCGCCAUCUUCCUCCGUCAUUUCCGAGAGUCUGUAAAUGCUUAUCAACCUCUCGUCGUUGCUCACUUCCACGAAUGGCAAGCUGGUGUUGGACUGUUGAUGACAAGAUUGUGGAAACUAGAUAUCGCUACUGUUUAUACUACUCAUGCCACCUUAUUAGGAAGACAUUUAUGUGCUGGAGGCUGUGAUCUCUACAACAAUUUGGGAAAGUUUGAUUUGGAUGCUGAAGCCGGAAAGCGAAGAAUUUAUCAUCAAUACUGUCUUGAACGAGCGGCAUGCCAUUCUGCUCACAUCUUCACCACCGUUUCUGAAAUUACUGGAGUUGAAGCUGAACAUUUACUUCUUCGCAAACCAGACGUUCUCACUCCAAACGGAUUGAAUGUCGUCAAGUUUGCUGCCAUUCACGAGUUCCAAAACCUGCACUCAAUGGCCAAGGAAAAGAUUCACAACUUCAUUCGAGGACAUUUCCAUGGUCAUUUAGACUUCGAUUUAGACAAGACUCUCUAUUUCUUCACUGCCGGAAGAUAUGAAUUCUCAAACAAAGGAGGAGAUCUCUUCAUCGAAUCACUUGCUCGCUUAAACCAUUAUUUGAAAACAAGUGAUGAUCCACGACACGCAGGAACAACUGUUGUUGCUUUUCUCAUUUAUCCAGCUCCCUCAAAUUCUUUCAACGUCGAAUCUUUACGUGGUCAAGCAGUUACAAAGCAAUUGAAAGAAGCUGUUGAUCGCAUUAAGGAGAAUGUAGGACAACGUAUUUUUGAUGCUUGUUUACAAGGCAGACUCCCAGAUGGUCAAGAGCUGUUGAGCCCUCCAGAAAAGAUUAUGCUCAAGAGAUGUAUCAUGGCAAGCGAGAAACACGAGUUACCUCCAAUCUGCACUCACAAUAUGCUGAACGGAAACGAUUUGGUUUUGGAUGCCCUACGACGGUGCCAAAUGUUGAAUGAUAAGUUCGACCGUGUUAAGGUUGUUUUCCAUCCUGAAUUUUUAUCAUCGGUUUCUCCCUUAAUCGGAUUGGAUUAUGAAGAUUUCGUUCGUGGAUGCCAUUUGGGUGUUUUCCCUUCUUAUUAUGAACCAUGGGGAUACACCCCCGCUGAGUGUACUGUCAUGGGAAUUCCAUCAGUGUCAACAAAUCUUUCUGGAUUUGGUUGCUUUAUGGAGGAGCAUGUCAAAAACUGCGAAGAGUAUGGAAUCUAUGUCGUAAACAGGCGAUUCCAAGGAGUUGAGGAUUCAGUACAACAACUUACUCAGAUUAUGUAUGAUUUCUGUGGUUUAUCCCGUAGGCAACGUAUCUUGCUCCGAAACGGAACAGAAAGCUUGAGUGCCUUGCUCGAUUGGAACAGUUUGGGAAGCUUUUACCGAGCAUGCCGUAAAAUGGCUCUGGAAAAAUUACAUCCAGAUCUUGAGAAGAUUAUUCAUGAAAACGAAGGAAAAGUUCCAUCAGCAGCUACUAGUCGUCGGCCAAGUUUCCAUAGCAGCGAUGAGGAGGACGAAUAG